UGAUGGUCACAAUGUUGAAAGUUUUCAUUCAAUUAUAGUAUCUGUAAUGCUUCUGCUACAAAAUAAUACAUAACUGUACCGAUGCUACUACCAUUAUUAUUGAUUGUCAAUUGUGACCACAUAAUAGAAUAUAUGGUACUUUCGCUUUUCGCCAUCACCAUCAUCAUCAUGAAAAAUUAAAUCGAUUGAAUAAUAAACGAAAGAGAAAACCAGCACCGUCGUUGCCGUUUUGUUUUUCUAUUACAUUGCUUCUUUUUGUUUGUUUGUUUGUUUUCAAUAACUGAAAAUUUUAUUUCAAUUUACGAUAAGUUAUUCUUCGAUUUUGGUAUAAUUAAAUUCUGCAAUCGCUGCUGCUGAUUAUGAUGGUUAUUUUAAUUAUCUAAUUUUGAAGAAUUAAACCGUUACAAGCGUCAUAAAGAGAUAGAUUCGUAUAAGAAAAAAAAAUUUAACGACAAAUAAAAAAUAAUGACUGAUGCUGGAUUUUUUCGUGGUACAAGUGCCGAUCAAGAUAAUCGUUUUUCGGAUAAAUCAAAAAAAUUAUUGAAACAAUUAAAAUUCAGUGAUGUAUUGAAUCAAAAAGUUGAUAUAAAAAAAGUCAACUUGAGUAUCAUCAAACCAUGGAUACAGAAUCAAAUAACAAUGUCACUCGGUCUGGAUGAUGAAGUUUUAUCCGAAUAUAUUAUCAAUCAAUUGGAACAAGAACGCAAUCCAGAUGGUAAAAGUAUGCAAAUAAAUCUGACUGGUUUUCUUGAUGGCAAACGUGCACGUGAAUUUAUGGAUAAAUUAUGGACAUUAUUAUUGGAUGCAAUGGCCACUAAUGAUGGUAUACCAAAACAAUUAUUGGAUGAAAAAAUGGCUGAAAUGAAAAAACGUCAAGAACAACAGCAGCAACAAUCGAUUGGUAAGAAUGAAUCGAAUGGUACAAUGACAGCAGCUGCGGUAGCAGAAUCAAAUAAUUCUAAUCAGGAGAAUUCAUCAUCAAAUCAUCAUGAUCAUAAUCAACAAAAAUCACAACGUAAGUCUCGAAGCAAAAGUCCUAAUAAUGAUCAUCGUAAUCAUCGUAGUAGUCGUAGCCAUAGUAAAGAACGUAAUAUUCAACAACAUGGUCAUCGUCGUAAUGAUAUGGAUCACAAUAACAGUGAUGGUCAUGAAAUGAAAGAACGAUUGAGUCAUAGUCGAUCACCGAGACGCUAUUCCCGUUCUGGAUCAAGUUCAUUAGAAAGAAAAUCACGAAAGAAACAUAAAACUAGUUCAAAAUCUCGAUCAAGAUCUCGUUCACCAUCACCAUUUAAUCGUCGACAGCCACGAACAGCUCGAAAAAGAUCAAGAUCGCGAUCACCAUCAUUUUCAUCACCACCACCAUCACGUUCGAAUAAUAAUUAUCGCCCUAGAUAUAUCGAUCGUAGGACAAAUCGAAGACGUUUUCGUUCACCAUUACGAAAACGUUCAUCAAAAUCAAAUUCACCACCACCAUUUUAUCGUCGCCGUGGUGGACCACCAUACCGUCCACGUGAUCCUCAUUUUCAUCAUCGACAGCAAUCAUCGUAUCGUGGAAAUCGUUCGCCACAAUCACCGCCACGUAGAUCAUAUCAACGUCGUCGUGAUCGUAGUUUUUCUCGAUCACCACCACCACCACCAAUGCAAUCAAUUGACCAAAAUCGACAUGGUUCACCUUUUAUGAAUAAUAAUCGUCGUCAAUCAUCACCACCACCACGAAAACCAAUUCAUCGAUCUCCAUUACCAAUCAAUCAUCAUUCGCGUUCAAUAAGUCGUUCACCAAAUUACAAUCAACAAAGACAUGACUUUCAACCAGCGCCACCACCACCACUAUCGUCAUCAUCAUCGGGACGGAAUUAUCAUGAUCCUUCAUUAUCAAAUAAAUCUAAUGUUCCUCUUCCAUCAUCGCAUCAUCAACAAAUGUCAACACUGCCUGUUGGUGAUGGUGGUUAUCCAUCAACUAAUGAACGAAUUAAAAAUCCAGAAUCUGAGAAACGAAAAAAGAAAAAAUCCAAACAAUCCAUUAGUUCUGAUGACGACGAUGACGAUAAUGAAGAUAAAAAACCAAAGAAAAAACAACGUAAACAUAAACGUCGUAAUAAACAACGAGAUAGUGAUGAUGAUGAACCGGACGAUGAUGAUGAAGGCGGAAACCGUUCAUUAUUGAAACGUAAAAAAGAUGCUACAAAUGAUGACGAUGAUGGUGGUAGCAGUGGAAAACAUAAACGACGAAAACAUAAAAAACAUAGCUCAAAAAAACAUCGAAAACAUUCAAAACAUCGUAAACAUCGUAGUAAAAAACGAAAAAACAAUAGUUCAGAUGAUGAUGAUGAUAAUGAAUCUGAUGCUGGUACCGAUAAAAAUGCAAAUGAUGAUGAUGAGGAUAUUUCAGAUGGUGAAAUAAAAGAAUCUUUUGCGAAGAAAAAAUCUACAUCAUCAAGUAGUGGUAAAAAGAAGAAAUCGAAAAAAUCUAAAAAGAAAAAAUCAAAUAAAUCAUCAUCAAAACGACGUAAUAAUUCAUCAUCAUCUGAUUCAGAUUCUGAUUCCGAUGAGGAUAAAAAAGAUCCAGAUGGUGGUCACCAUGAAUCAUCAUCAGCAUCAUCAAAAUCACCGAUUAAAAAACAUCAUCGAAAACAUGGUGGUGGUAAUAAAAAACAACGUCGUAAACAUCGACAUCGUACAACAAACAAUAGUGAUGUUGAUCAUGAUAAUGAUGGUGAUAGUGGACUAUAAUUUCAAUAUGAUUGAUAUUUGUGUUUUUGUUACUUUAUUUUGUCCAUUUCUCUCAUAUAAAUUUUGUAUUGUAUUCAUUUUCUUUUUCACACGCAUACGUAUAAACACAAUUGACUCAUUUCAUCAUAAAUGGCAAUUUACCAUCCACCCAAACACACACACACACAUAAACAUUACUACUUUAUAAUCAUAAUCAUUCUACAUAAUGGAUAAUAUAUCAUCUGAUAAUAAUAAUUUUUUUUGGCAUCAAUUAAAAUAAUUUUAAAAAAUGAAA